AUGAGGCCCCUAGGUCUCUUACGCUCGUUUGUGAGCCUUGCGCUCUGCACGGCAACAUGGGCAAUGGAUCCGACAGAUACCAUUAUGGAUGCCGACUCGGCUGCUGUUGGCUAUCUCCCAAACCACAACAUGGAUCCGGCAACCAUUGAGGGAGGCGCAUUUGGCCAGAUUUGGUCCUUCACAACACCAAAGAAUCCUCUCAACCAGAUUGAGCAGUUCUACUCUAAACUCUUAGUAUACACACCAAAGGCCACGGGAAAGCAAACCGUCAUUGCCUUCUCAGAGCAAAACCGCAUCUACGUUCUCGAUGCGGUGAACGGCACUCUCUACAACAGCCGUGAUCUAAGCGAGCAGGAUCCCGCCGAAGCCCCGUUUAUCGUCUCCGACUUGGGCAACUGCAACGACAUUAGCGGAACAAUCGGUAUUACUGGCACGCCCAUCAUUGACCCCAACACAGAAACCAUCUACUUUUGGGCCAAGGGCUACAGGGAUGCAACCACGAAAGGCUGGAAGAACGGCGCCUACCGUUUCCAUGCCAUUGAUGCAUGGACCUUGCAAGAGAGGCCUGGUUUCCCAACCAAUAUUGAAGGCAAGUAUGCCGAUAACGACAAGACCCGCUACUUCACCGGUGGUGGUGUUCUUCAGCGCACCUCCCUAAACCUCAUCAACGGUGUGGUUUAUGCUGGUUUUGGUGGCCACUGCGAUUUGUUCAACUACACCGGCUGGGUAGUUGGCAUGAGAGCUUUUAGUGGUGAGUUCGUCACCGCUUAUGCCACCGCUGGUGGAGAUCGUGCCCCCAAGCAAGAUGGCACCUGGGAUGGAGGCGGUGGUGGCUGCGGUAUCUGGCAGAGCGGUGCCAUUCUGGCCUCAGACAACCCGAGUCGGCUCUUCUUCGCUACUGGAAACGGCUACGGAGUCAUGGCGAAUCAACAGUUAGCCGCCAGCGGUAGAAUCCACCUCGACACCCUCUCCGAAGCCAUUGUGAAUAUGGCCAUCGAUCCAGCCACUGGAAAGGUCACGCAACAAGACUACUUCGAGCCAUACACUUACCAAGCUAUCGACUCUGCGGAUCGUGACUUGGGCGGCGGUGGUGUUUCCAUCCUGCCAUUCGGAGGCGGCGGUGUCAAGCAGCUUGCGGUAACAGCAGGCAAGAACGGCCAAGCCUACAUCUGCAAUGCUGAUAACCUGGGAGGCUACAAGAUGGGUGCCGGUGGUGGUGAUGCCAUCAUCCAGACUAUCACUCCUCCCCAGGGUACAGCCAUGUUUGGAAACGUUGGCGCAUAUCCGCUUGAGGGUGGCUACAUGUACAUCACUCCUGUCGGUGCCCCGACUUAUGCCUACGCUCUUGGUUACGACUCAAGUGGAAAGCCGGCCUUCAGUGUGGCCGGUUCGACUCCUGACAAGUCGGCUGGCAGAGUCGGUACUGGAUCCGCAACCAUCACCACUCUCAACGGCCAACCGGGAACAGGCAUUCUCUGGAUGAGUGAUCCUGACAACGGCAUCCGCGCUUACCAUGCGGUGCCACGGAAUGGGCAGCUCGUAAAAAUUCCUCUUCCCGCUACUCCAGUCUUGUCCAAGUUCCAGCGUCCAGUCUUUGGCGAUGGACGGUACUACACCAGCACAUACACCGGACAGAUUCUGGCUUUCGGGUCCCCUGUCAAGUUGCCUUUUGACUGCGGUGGUCCCUUCAACUUCGGAGAGGUCCCCAUCGGAACAUCCAAGACGAUCAACGUCACUUGCACCGCCAAGAUCAAUGUCAACCAGAUCACCAACAUCACAACUGGCAACCCCCUAUACAAGGUAUCCUUAGUCGAUCUCGCCCAAACCGGGGUUACUGCUGGCAAAUCUUUUACGCUCUCCAUCAAGUUUGAUUUGAGCGGGUACACGUUGGACUCUGGCAGCACAAGCUCCCCGACCAUGCAACCUGGUGUGCAAUCCGGCUCUGUCACCCUCAACACAGUCAAUGCUGUUACGGGUUAUUCGACUGCACAGCCCCUUUCUGUGACCGGCAACACAGUGACAGACGGACCCUUUGCGGCGAUCAACCCCAAUGCAGUCGAUUUCCAACCACUUGUCAUUGGCUCUGCCUCUGCGGAAGGAGGAUCGCAAAACACUGUGGUCAUUCAGAACUUAGGCAAAGGACCCAUGAAAAUUCUUGGGUACGCUUUCACCACCGAUGGCCCUAACUCGGCAACUGCAAAGUUCACGAAUGUCACCAUCGAUGGCACUCACACGAAGCUUGAUGCCGACGGUUACUUCACUGCUGAGGACCUGCCUGAGCUCGACUCUACUGUCGCCGCUGGAUCAUCUGUGAUCAUUCACAUGACGUUCCUUGCUCCCAAGCUUGGUUCCUUCUCUACCACCUUCACUGUCUUCACUGACGGUGGCAUGGCCUACUCUGUCUUGACCGGAUCCGCCAACUCGCAGCCCAUUGCUCUCCUGGAGCAUUCCACCAGCGAAGGCGGCUGGGUAACGAUCCCUUUCUGCAAUGAUCCUACUCAAACUUGCACCUUCAACAUCGACAUGGGCACUUCGCCUGGUCUUACCAACACUGAAGUGACCAUUCGGUUCACGAACAAGGGCGGUUCUGAUCUGAUGAUUGACAAGUCCAAGCCCCCUAUGGGCUCUGUUCUGGGUGCCCAAAACCCAAGCAGCGAUCUCUUUGAGGGCAUGGUUAUCAAGCCUGGAAAAUCCGAGAGUGCCACUAUCUUCUUCACCCCUGGCGCUGCCCCUCUCAAUGCGGAUCCCAUUGUUUACUCUGGCGCCUGGACACUGAACGUUAACGAUCUUGCCUUCGGCGUGCAUGUCGUCAACUUCAUUGGUACCCUACGGGCUACCAAAGUAGGUCCAACGCUGCCGGAUGGAUCAGCCCGCUUCAAGUAUCUCGGCUGCUACAAGGACAGUAACGCCAACCGGCUUGAAACCACCCAGGCGCAGUUCCCUGCGGAUAACGACAAUGGAAAGUGCCAGCAGUACGCUAUCACUAACAAGGCUGCCUUUGCCGGUACCCAGUACACCUAUGAAUGCUGGGUCGGCCGCAGCAUCCCCCCUGCGAGCCUAAAGGUUGACGACUACCUCUGCAACACCUACAUCUGCCCCGGUGACAAGUCGCAGUUCUGCGGUGGUGUGGGCAGCUACAUGACGAUGUGGUAUGACACCACCGGCUACUUUCCUGAGAACGGUACUCUCGCUCCCGCUUUCAGGCCUCCUACGAACAAGGAAGAAGUUGUGGGUAACUGGGAGUAUGCUGGUUGCCGUACUGACAAUUCGGCUUCCCCUGCGACCAGAGCUCUCAAUGACCGGAUUGUCGGACAGUCCAGCACCAACACCGUUGAGAGCUGCGCCGCAGCUUGUGCUGGCUUCUCCUUCUUCGGUGUUGAGUGGGGUGUUGAAUGCUACUGCGGUAAUAAGCUCAACACCGGUAGCACCGUUGCUGAUGAGAAAAUCUGCAACUACGUCUGCGGCGGCGAUCCGACUGAGCUAUGCGGUGGUUCAGGCCGCAUCUCGGUUUACAAGCAGAAGGGCACCGUCAUUGGUAACCCAUCAUCAGGCGUGUCAUCUUCAUCCGCGACAGCAUCCGGAACCGCUUCCGCCACUGCUUCUGCUUCUUCCACAUCCUCAUCUGCAGUCGCUUCCAACACUCCCGGAAACCCACAGUCUAUCGGCCAAUACGGGUUCUUGGGUUGCUACAGCGAUGCUGUUGCCUCCCGUUCUCUCCAGGGCAAGAACACCCAGUCUAAUGUCAUGAAUCUCGAUGACUGCGCUACCUACUGCGCCGGAUAUAAGUACUUCGGUACCGAGUACUCGGCUGAAUGCUUCUGCGGCAACGAUCUUCUCAACGGGGCUGCCCUGGUCACCGACGGCCGCUGCAACAUGCUUUGCAAUGGCAACCAACAACAAAUCUGCGGUGGUAGCAAUGGUCUCUCCAUGUACCAGCUCAACCCCAACGGCACCUCUAGCUCAGUCACCGCUUCCGGUUCUGCUACUCAAUCAGCCACGGCAUCUGGGACGGCAUCUGGGACGGCAUCUGGGACGGCAUCUGGGACCGCCUCUGGCACCGCCUCCGCAACCACCACAUCCUCCGCCGCCCCAACCCAGCCCACUGUCUCCGUCAAAUGCCCCGACAACAACAAUGGCACCUACCUCUCCCUCAACGGCAAGACCUUCCUCCUCGAGUGUUUCACCGACCACGAAGCCGGCGACCUCGCUCUCGCUUUCGUCGACAGCUACGCUUUGUGUGCCGAGAAGUGCUCCACCACUGAUUUGUGCAUGGCUUUCGCGUACGUGCCCGGUGGUACUGGUAUUCAGGCUCCGUGCUACAUGAAGAAGUCGGUCGGACGUGGUUUUAAUAACCAGGCGGUUUGGGGAGCUCAGAUUAUUGCUGUGGCUUCUAGUUCGACCACAACAAGUGCUGCUGCUGCGACAACGAGUGCGGCAGGUGCGACGGGCUCGACUGCUGGUGCUAAUCCUUCUGGGUUGGUUGUGACUGGUUCGACUGCCACCGGUUCUGCCACCGGUUCUGCCACCGGUUCUGCCACCGACUCUGCUGCCGGUUCUGCCACCGGUUCUGCCACCGACUCUGCUGCCGGUUCUGCUACCGGCUCGACUGCCACCGGUUCGAUUGCCGCUGGUUCGACUGCUGCUGGUUCAACUGCUGCCAGUGCUAUAGGAUCGGCUGCUACUUCUGCCACAUCGGCGGCCGCCUCCGGUACUGCCGCAGCCUCAGCUGUCGCUUCUGGUUCCGGCUCGGGUGCUGCUUCCGGCGUGGCUUCGAUAGCGGCCUCUACUGCGGCUUCCGCGUUCAUUGCUUCCAGUGCCAGCGUUGCUCCCUCUGCCAGUGCCAGCAUUGCUCCCUCUGCCAGCAUUGCUCCCAGUGCCAGCGUUGCUUCUAGUGCUAGUGUUGCUCCUAGUGCUAGUGUUGCUCCCAGUACUAGUAUUGCUCCGUCGGGCAGUGCCGCCGCCUCGGAAAGCGUUGCUCCUACUGGAAGUGUUGCUCCAAGCGCGAGUGUUGCUCCUGUUUCCAACACCAGUAUCGCUCCCACAAACUCUGCGAGUAUCGCUCCCUCGAAUAGUGCCAGCGUUGCUCCUACGAACUCCUUGAGUAUCGCUCCUACGAACUCCUUGAGUAUCGCUCCUACGAACUCUGCGAGUGUCGCUCCCACGAAUUCUGCAAGUGUCGCUCCUACGAACACUCCUCCUGUCGCUGGCACAACUACUACCACUACGAACACCGUCUCAGCCUUGCCUACAACUGGCACGACUACCACAGCCGCCGCGGCCAUCACUACUACAUCUCCUGCUCCAGCCACUACUACCACUACCGCUACUUCUUCUAAUACGAAUACUAUCCCAGCCUUGCCUACAACUACCUCGCCUACAAUUCCUACUGUUGUGAACUGGGACUACCAAGGAUGUGCCAGCGACUCCAACACCGCCGCGCCUACCGCUCGCGCGCUAAACGGCACCUACCUGUACGACAACACCGGCAUGACCAUGACCGUCCAAAAAUGCCUUGACUUCUGCGCCCAGCAAAACUACCCUCUCGCCGGCCUUGAGUUCCAAACCCAAUGCUUCUGCGGUCUCGAGAUCAAGCCCGGCUACAGCCUUGGCCAAACCGGCUGCAACCUCACCUGCGCCGGCGACCCAUCCACACGCUGCGGUGGCCGUGCUCGUCUGGACGUCUAUAGACAAACCAAUUACGUCACGCCCCGUCUCGUCAACCCGUCCGUCGUCAACGGGCGCACGGCGACGCCACAGGGCUGCUUCGUUGAUAACUCGACGGCUCGUAUCCUCAAGGGUCACACGUACACCAACGGCACGAGCAUGACGGUCGAGAUGUGCCAGGACCGGUGUCAGACGAGAGGUUUUAGCCUCUUUGGUGUGGAAUUCGGCAAGGAGUGCUAUUGCGGCAAUUCGCUGGCGGAUACGGCGGUUGCGGCGUCGGAGCUGUAUGAGUGCAAAAGGUCGUUCUGCGUAGGUGAUAAGACGGAGUUCUGCGGUGCUGGGUCGAGGUUGCUGUUAUACAGCAUUCAGCCGGCAGGGACUAGUAGGAGAAGUACAGGGAGGAGGGAUGAGGGAAUGGUGAAGGUGAAGUUGCCCAAGUUAAGGGAAAAUGAGGAAUCUGAAUAUGAGUUGAGCUGGGAUGGCGAGGGAGUUGUGGGACAAGUGAAAAGAAGUGGCUCUGGGUGGAAGAGGGCUGAGAGGAGAUGGAGACGUGGUCCUGGACGGUGA